AUGGGCCUCCUAAAACGAGGAGCCCAGAUAUCUCAAAACACAGGGCAUGCUCUACAUCUGGCUGCUGCAGCCAACUGUCUGAAAGUAAUGGCAUAUUUGGUUCGGAAGAAGGGUGUCUGUAUUGAUGCCACAGACACAGCCGGAUAUACAGCUUUGCAUUAUGCGCUGUGCUCAUCGACAGCAACGACAGACACAAUUGCUUGUUUAUUCAUGCUAGGGGCAGACAUCAACAGAACAAUAUUUUAUGGUAUCCAGCAACACAGUCCUCUUGAUAUAGCAUGCGAGUACCAAAGAUGGACAAUGGCGUCUGAGCUUAUUCGACUUGGUGCAGAUGUCAACGGCGCAAUUCCUUGCACUCCUUCGUUCUCUAGCUCUUCCCUUUUGGACUUUCCGAAGCAAACUUUACAGACUGCUCUGAUGGACAUCAAGACGGAUGUAAAUAGGGAGCAUGUAAUUAAGGAUUUGCUACGCAAAGCAGACCUUAAUGCGAUUGUAGUCCUGGGUUCAUCACAAAUCGUCCACUGGACUGGCUCGCUUCUGCACUGGCUCUUACUUCAUGACAAAAUUCGAGACAUGGAGCUGCUGCUUCGAUAUGGCCAGAUCGACAUUGAAAUCCCCGAUUCCAAAGGCAAAACCUGCCUGGCACACGCGUUGUCUCUUUCGCAGUGGCAGCCUGAGGCAAUUAGGCUAUUAAUGCGUUAUGGCGCAAAUGUGCCGGCAAGGACCACCAGAGAGAUAAUUGCUGUUCUCGAAGAUCUGAGAAAGUCCAGAAAUAUUGGAGAGGCAGUGCAAGUCAUUGAAAAACAUCCCUAUGUGUUGCAGGUCUCUAGAUGUUUAUUUAAUGGGUGGAAGUGUCUUGUUGGACCACAUGACGCCGUGACCACACGAUUCAUGCGGCGAUUUGAGGAAUUGGCAUAUGUCUAG